GAGAGAGUGUCAAGUGUUGACUAGCUUCACUUCACUCCAUAUCUCCUCUGUAACCACAACCUUCUUCAGAGCUUUCUAGGGUUUCUCUCUCUCUCUUCACUCUCUCUCUCUCUUCGUUUCUCACAAUGCGACUCUUCCUCACCCAAUCAAUGGCGAGUCUCUCCGUAUUCCUCUCGAUUCUCCUCCUCCUCUCUCUUCCUCUUCCGUCGAUCCAGGAUCUCGCCGCCGACAAAUCCGCCCUCCUCUCCCUUCGUUCCGCCGUCGGCGGCCGCACAUUCCUCUGGGACAUCAAACACACAACACCAUGCAACUGGACCGGCGUCUUAUGCGACGGUGACCGUGUAACCGCCCUCCAUUUACCCGGCGUCUCGCUCUCCGGCCAAAUACCCGAGGGCAUUUUCGGUAAUUUAACUCAGCUCCGUACGCUCAGCUUCCGUCUCAAUGGACUAACCGGCACACUCCCUCUGGAUCUCGGUAGCUGCUCCGACCUCCGGCGUCUGUACCUUCACGGAAACAGAUUCUCCGGUGAGAUACCGGAGGUUUUGUUCAGUCUCAGCAACCUCGUCAGGCUGAAUCUAGCUGAUAAUGAUUUCACCGGCGAGAUCUCGUCAGGGUUUAAAAACCUCACGAGGCUCAAGACUCUGUACCUGGAGAACAACAAGCUCUCUGGCUCUCUUCUCGACAUGGAUCUGCCUCUGGAUCAGUUCAACGUCUCCAAUAACUUGUUGAACGGAUCCAUUCCAAAGAGUCUUCAGAGAUUCGACUCCGAUUCGUUUUCGGGAACUUCGCUCUGCGGCAAACCGCUCGAUAUCUGCUCCGAUGAAGGAACUGUGCCUAGCCAGCCGAUUUCCGUCGGAAACAUUCCCGGAAGCAAAGGGAAGAAAAGAAAGCUCUCCGGCGGAGCGAUUGCCGGAAUAGUGAUUGGAUGUGUGGUUGGUUUCUCCCUCAUUGUUCUGAUUCUGAUGGUUCUCUUCCGGAGAAAGGGGAACGAGAGAACAAGGGCAUUCGACAUUGCGACCAUCAAGCAGCAUGAAAGCGAAAUUCCCGGCGAGAAAACGGCGGUGGAAGGAACGGAGAAUGGGAGCUACGGAAACGAGUACUCCACGGCGGCGACGGCGAUGACGGGGAACGCGAAAGCAGUGGAAAUGAACAGCUCCGGGACGAGGAAAUUAGUGUUCUUUGGGAACGCGACAAAGGUUUUUGAUCUGGAGGAUCUUUUGAGAGCUUCGGCGGAGGUUCUGGGGAAAGGAACGUUUGGGACGGCGUAUAAGGCGGUGCUUGACGCGGUGACGUUGGUGGCUGUGAAGAGGCUGAAAGAUGUGACGAUGGCGGAUAGAGAGUUCAAGGAGAAGAUUGAGGUUGUUGGGGCGAUGGAUCAUGAGAACUUGGUGCCCUUGAGAGCUUACUAUUAUAGUGGAGACGAGAAGCUGCUUGUGUAUGACUUCAUGCCUAUGGGAAGCUUGUCAGCUCUCUUACACGGAAACAAAGGCGCAGGCCGGACUCCACUGGACUGGGAAAUCCGAUCACGUAUUGCACUUGGAGCAGCUCGUGGCUUAGACUAUCUUCACUCGCAAGACCCAUUGAGCUCUCACGGAAACGUCAAGGCUUCCAACAUCCUCUUAACAAACUCCCACGACGCACGGGUCUCUGAUUUCGGCCUGGCUCAGCUCGUCGGGUCCUCAUCCACAACCCCAAACCGGGUUACCGGGUACCGUGCGCCAGAAGUAACUGACCCGAGGCGUGUCUCACAGAAAGCAGACGUGUACAGCUUUGGUGUGGUGUUGCUAGAGCUGCUCACAGGGAAAGCUCCGUCCAACUCGGUGAUGAAUGAGGAAGGAAUGGAUUUGGCGAGGUGGGUGCAUUCGGUGGAGAGAGAGGAGUGGAGGAGCGAGGUUUUUGACUCGGAGCUGAUGAGUUUGGAGACGGUGGCCUCGGUGGAAGAAGAGAUGGCGGGAAUGCUGCAGCUUGGGAUUGACUGUACGGAGCAGCACCCUGAGAAGCGGCCAGUGAUGGUGGAGGUGGUGAGGAGGAUCCAUGAGUUGCGCCAAUCUGGUUCGGAUCGGGUGGGCUAGACAAAUGGACGCAAGGAGGCUCGAGAGGUUCAUAAAUUGGAACCACGGUGUGUUCGUUGUUAGUGUCUGCAAUUGUAGUAUCUUCGAUGUUUAAGUGUUAGUUUAAGAAUAUGGCGGGAAAUUAGAGUUGGAGUCGUUAAUUAGAUAUUCUUAAUUUUUUUUUUUUUUUAAUUAUCUCAUGUGUGGGCACUGAUGAUGAGGCGUUUCUUGUGGUUGUAAUUAUUAGUGCUUUUAACUUUUAACUUUAUUUCAGUAUUGUUUCAGCUUUUUGUGCAAUGAAUUUAAACAAGAAAAAGAAGAAGAUAUUAUAUAAA